AUGUCGACGACGACUCCCUCGCCCUCUGCGCCCAGCGAGACGUCGCGAACACGCGAGCCCUUCGAGACGUCCAUACACCCUUUGCAGUUCAGCGAUGGCGAAAUUGAGAACAGAGUAGCUGUCGGGAGCGACGACACGGCCUUGGCUGCUUUUGCUCAGCUGGGUGCAUUACGGCUCAAGGCCCAGCGCUGUCUCAUCUCGCUCUUGUCCAAGGAUGAGGAAUACGUCUUGGCUGAGUCUACAAGGACUCUAUCGCUACAGUCGGAUCUGGUCCACAAUUCUCGCGAUGCUCUGUUUUUAGGAACGACCCGUUUUCCUCGCGAAGAAGGCUUUUCCAUCACUGGCCUCAAGCAAUGGAUCACCACCAAAGAACGCCGCGAAGACCCGAAGGAAGAUUCAUACUACUAUACCGAUGGUGUGAGCCCUCACUGGCACAUCAUCAGCGACAUGCGACAGGAUGCUUCCUUGCAGAAGCUCAUGAUCGUCAAGGCUGCCGCUACCAUGAGAUUUUACGCUGCUGUGCCCAUCCGAACAAGCAAUGGCCUGGUCGUUGGGUCUUAUGCCAUCCUGGACGAUCGCCCUCGCUUCGGAAUCAGCGCUGAAGAAAUGGUUUUCAUGGAGGAUAUAGCUGACACCAUCAUGGGUCACCUCGAAGCCAAACAUAUCACUAUGCAGAGACAGCGUGGUGAUCGUCUGAUUAAGGGUCUGGCUCUCUUCAGCGAGGGCAAGGAUAGCUUACGAGACUGGUGGCUGGAUACACACAGCAAGAAAGCCAGAGGUGAAGGGGCAAGACGUCGCCGUGGUUCCAUCGAAGAGGGAAAGACUCAGAACGAUCGUGCUGAUGAAGAGUUGGGAAUGACAUACAGAGCCGACCAGAUUCCUCAUGGUCGCAAUCCCACGACCACCGACUCCAAGGACAUUCAACCAGCCAGCCAAGCGUCAAAAUCCACCUUGAAGUCUGGCCACCUGGCACAGGACAAACAUGAAGGCUUUGAUCUCGGCCGUGAGAUCAAUACGGCCUUUGCUCGAAGCAGCAACCUCAUGCGCGAGGCUAUUAGCGCUGAAGGCGUUGCCUUCAUCGAUGCUGACUUCCACCGCUCGAAGGAAUCCACCAAGAACCAAGCAGCCUCGUCCACCGAUCCUGAGAGCGAUGCCGCGACUGGCUCUUCAGGCUCAGAAGCAAAAUCGCUAAAGCAGGAGACGCCCAUCUCUCCCGAAGCUCAAUGCGCUCUGCUUGGUUUCUCCACAAAGGUCAAGUCUACCAUUCGUGGCUUCGAUGCUUCUGCCAGACACUCUAGUCUUCCAAAGACUUUCAUUCGUAGUCUCAUCCGCCGCUACCCUAUGGGCAAGGUCUUCAAUUACCAUGAUGGCAAAGCUCUUUCAAGUUCCUCUGGUACCGACCUCUCUGACGACUUCAGUGAAGGCUCCAGAAGCAGCAGAUCUCGCAAACGUCGCAGUCGUGAAUACGUCGACGCUAUGACCCUGGGCGAAGUAUUCUCAGGACCCCGAAGUAUCGCCUUCUUGCCCUUGUGGGACAGCAGACGAGAGAGAUGGCGUUCGGCUGUUUUCGUCUGGAACGCUGCACCCAACAGAUAUCUGGACAAGGCCGAGGAUAUCACAUAUCUUGCAGCCUUCAGCAACAACUUGAUGGCCGAACUCUCACGCCUCGACGCUAUAGCCGCUGAUCAAGCCAAAGCCACCUUCAUCAGCUCUGUUUCGCACGAAUUGAGAUCUCCACUGCAUGGAGUUUUGGCAGGAGUUGAGCUUCUGCAAGAAAGCGAUCUCAGCAAUUACCAACAGGAAAUGACGACUACUAUCAGCAUGGCUGGCAAGACGCUGCUUGACACGAUCAACAACAUUCUUGACUUUACGAAGAUCAACAGCUUCUCGGACCUAGAACGUAAAGACAGAAAAGACAAGGAUGCACAUAGGAGCUCUGGAUUUAAGACGGCAGAUAUGGGUGAAGUUGGUGUUACGAGUGCAGUCGAUCUUGCUGUCUUGACCGAGAAUGUGGUCGACACGACCGUCACAGCCAAGAGCUUCCAGGCAAGUAAAGCUAAGCAAGAAGAAGAAGAGGACGACGAACUUGCUGCAAAGGCACCAAAGCAAGUCGCGGUAGUGUUGAACAUUGCCAAGCGAUCAAACUGGAACCUGAACAUAUCGCCUGGAAGCUGGACCAGAGUCAUCACCAAUCUUCUCGGCAAUUCGCUCAAGUAUACUAAACAGGGAACAAUUACCGUGAGUUUGCAAUACAAGAAGUCGGAGCAACCGAACCAGGCUCUUGUAUCUUUGACAAUCGAAGAUACUGGUCAGGGUAUUGGCAGCGAGUACCUUCGAAACCACUUGUACACACCAUUCAUGCAGGAGAACACGCACGCUGUCGGUACUGGACUUGGACUUUCGAUCGUCAAGCAGAUUAUCAAGGACUUUGGUGGUCACAUCAGUUUCGAGAGUGAGCUUGGAAGAGGAACCAAGGUGGUUGUCUCGUUCAACACCACAUUCGAUGAAGACAUAGAGUCCGAGUUUGACGUACCGAAACGUCCCGACGGGAGCAAUCUCAGAGUUGCACUGUCAAAGUCUUCAGGCAUUGAUGGGGAGCGAACCCGCGAGAAGGCCAUCAAGACAAACACUAAAAAGACCUGCACGGAAUGGCUAGAUUGCCAGAUUGACUCAGUUUCAGCCUCUGAUAACACAAACGCCUUCGAUGUUUGCAUUCUGGCUGAAGCAGAUUACGAGCAAUGGCAAGAGAAGAGGAGAAAUUCAACGAGUCAGGCGCUGCCGCCGAUGAUUGUUCUAGGCUCAAUCUCAGCUUCGUCCGUCGUGAGACAGAGCGCGUCUAAGAAUGCGAUCUUCAUCAACCAACCCUUUGGUCCCAGGAAGAUGUCAAGAGCACUGACGGCAGCUCUACAAAGUCGAAACCAGUCACAAUCUACCUCUGAAGAACGAACUCUAGGCGCGGUUGCCGCCUCGCCGUCCGUACUGCAUAUCCUCACCAAACCGGCAAAUGUCAGUACAAACAGCGACCCUCCACCUACCUACGCAGAAUCAAAGCCUGCUGCAUCCAUGCCCUCAACACCCAUUUCACCCCAGAAGAACCUGUCUCCAGCAAUCAGCGAGGUCACUAACAGUGCGGAUCCGAACCUUCGCAAGGUCUUGCUGGUGGAGGAUAACUCGAUCAACAUGAAACUCCUGGUCGCGACCAUGCGCAAGCUGAAAAGGCCGUACACCUGCGCAGGCAAUGGCUUGGAAGCCGUGACUGCAUAUGCGUCUGCACCCUCUUCCUACGCCUUGAUCCUGAUGGACAUCUCAAUGCCCGUGAUGGACGGCUUCACAGCCACCGAAUUAAUACGCAACCUCGAACAAAAGAACAAAUGGGAACGUUGCACUGUGAUGGCCUUGACAGGCGUCGGCGACGCAGAAGCAAAGAAACGCGCCUUCCUCGCCGGCGUCGACGACUUCAUGACCAAACCCGUCAGCAUGGGCAGAUUAAGCAGCAUCAUCAAGAACCUCGAAGGAGGAGGAGGAGAAGCAGACAACAAUGCCAACAACGCCAAACCCAACAACAAGCCGCAAAUUGACUGCCACGAAAAGACGAACGGGCAUGCUCAACAACAGCAGCAGCAUACGCAAGAGCAACAGAUCGAGGUCCAGGAUUUUGCUUCCGGCAUACCUUCGAGCAGUGCUCAACAAGGAACCAAAAGGAGGAGAUCUCCAAACACUGAUGGCUAUGACGAUGCAGAAGACAAGAGGAAAAGAUCCAUUGUUGAAGCUCAAGCUACUUCAGGAUCGUGA